ACAGAAUUAACCAAACGGCUACAGCGUCUUUCCACGCAGGCGAAGAGGGGAGGCGAGCUAGUGCAAGAAUUGAAGUCCAUUGAGGAACGCAUAAAGAAUUCCCUUCCGUCAAUGGAAUCCAGACUGAACGCGGACAUUGAUCUUCUCAUCAGUCAGCUUGAGAGACAGCGAGCCAAGCUGUUAGAAGAACUACGAGGGAGACUAAAACAACGUGAAAACCAGUUGAAGGAACGAGCCAAUAGUAUCGGUCAGAAACUGUCCUCUACUACUGCGUUGUUGCAGUUUGGAGUGGAACUGCUAAAAGAACAGGAUCCCGCUGCGUUUGUUCAG